GCGUUACCAUGGUCGUGCUGGGUCCGGCUCCCCGCUCGCGCUCCGGACAGCAGCAGCACCAUGCCCGGAGGGAAGCGCGGCCUCGUGGCGCCGCAGAACACCUUCCUGGAGAACAUCGUGCGGCGCUCCAGCGAGACGAGUUUCCUGCUCGGGAACGCUCAGAUCGUAGAGUGGCCGGUGGUCUACAGUAAUGACGGAUUCUGCAAACUCUCAGGAUACCACAGAGCCGAGGUCAUGCAGAAGAGCAGCACAUGCAGUUUUAUGUAUGGUGAGCUGACAGAUAAGAAGACCAUAGAGAAGGUCAGGCAGACCUUCGAUAACUAUGAGUCCAACUGUUUUGAAAUUCUACUGUACAGAAAGAACAGAACCCCGGUGUGGUUCUACAUGCAGAUCGCACCAAUUAGGAAUGAGAACGACAAGGUGGUGCUGUUCCUGUGCACGUUCAAAGACAUCACUGUUUUCAAACAGCCCAUUGAGGAUGAAAGCACCAGAGUUGGUUGGACUAAGUUUGCGAGGCUGACCCGUGCUCUGACCACCAGCAAGAGUACCAUCCAGCAGCUGACUCCUAUGAACAAGACGGACGUCACCUCACACAAACACUCCAGACUUGCAGAGGUGUUUCAGCUGGGCUCAGACAUCCUACCCCAGUACAAGCAAGAGGCUCCCAAAACCCCCCCUCACAUCAUCCUGCACUACUGCACCUUCAAGACUACCUGGGACUGGGUCAUCCUCAUCCUCACCUUCUACACAGCCAUCAUGGUUCCCUACAACGUCUCCUUCAAGACCAAGCAGAACAACGUCACCUGGCUGGUGCUGGACAGCGUGGUGGACGUCAUCUUUCUGGUGGACAUUGUUUUAAACUUCCACACCACAUUCGUGGGGCCCGGAGGCGAGGUGAUCUCCGACCCCAAGCUGAUUCGGAUGAACUAUCUGAAGACCUGGUUCGUCAUUGACCUGCUCUCCUGUUUGCCCUAUGACAUCAUCAACGCUUUUGAGAACGUGGAUGAGGGGAUCAGCAGCUUGUUCAGCUCCCUCAAGGUGGUCCGGUUGCUGCGGUUGGGCCGUGUGGCACGGAAACUGGACCACUAUCUGGAGUAUGGUGCGGCUGUCCUGGUUUUACUGGUGUGCGUGUUUGGACUGGUAGCUCAUUGGCUAGCUUGCAUCUGGUACAGUAUCGGAGACUAUGAGGUCAUAGAUGAGCUCACAAACACAAUCAAGACGGACAGCUGGCUUUACCAGUUGGCGACUAGCAUUGGCUCCCCGUACCGCUACAACGCUAGCGGCUCCGGCCAAUGGGAAGGAGGGCCUGGGAAGCAUUCUCUUUACAUUACUUCACUCUAUUUCACCAUGACGAGUCUGACCACCAUCGGAUUUGGAAACAUUGCACCCACCACAGACGGAGAAAAGAUCUUCUCAGUGGCCAUGAUGAUGGUGGGAUCUCUUCUCUAUGCCACCAUCUUCGGUAAUGUGACCACCAUCUUCCAGCAGAUGUACGCCAACACCAACCGCUACCAUGAGAUGCUGAACAACGUGAGGGACUUCCUGAAGCUCUACCAGGUGCCCAAGGGCCUGAGCGAGAGGGUGAUGGACUACAUCGUCUCCACCUGGUCCAUGACCAAGGGCAUCGACACUGAGAAGGUGCUGUCCAUCUGUCCUAAAGACAUGCGUGCGGACAUCUGCGUUCACCUGAACAGGAAGGUGUUUAACGAGCACCCUGCGUUCAGGCUGGCGAGCGACGGCUGCCUGCGCUCGUUGGCUGUGGAGUUUCAGACCAUCCACUCCGCCCCUGGUGACCUCAUAUUCCACGCCGGAGAGAGCGUGGACACACUGUGCUUUGUAGUGUCGGGAUCACUGGAGGUUAUCCAGGAUGAUGAGGUCAUCGCCAUAUUAGGUAAAGGGGAUGUUUUCGGCGAUGUUUUCUGGAAGGAGACUACGCUAGCUCACGCCUGCGCUAACGUCAGAGCGCUGACCUACUGUGACCUCCACAUCAUUCGGCGAGAGGCUCUGCUGAAAGUGCUGGACUUCUACACGGCCUUCGCCAACUCCUUCUCCCGCAACCUCAUCCUCACCUGCAACCUGCGCAAACGGAUAAUCUUCCGCAAGAUCAGCGAUGUGAAGAAGGAGGAAGAGGAGCGUCAGCGUUCAAAGAACGAGGUGCCGAUGACCAUCCCUGUGGAUCACCCGGUCCGGAAACUCUUUCAGAAAUUCAAGCAGCAGAAGGAGCUUCGCAACCAGGAGGCCUCAGUACAGCAUGACCUGGAGAAGAACCAGCAACACCUCCACACUCACCUCCAGCACACUCAGCUGCAACACACACACACCGCCAUUACCCACAAUGCACUCUGCACAGUCCAGAACGGAACGGCCAGCACUGGCUCCUGUAGCAGCGUGGUCACUAUAUCCCAGAUCACACCCAUUCAGAACUCCCUGACCUUCUCCAAACCUGCUGACCCGGUCAAGCAGAACAACCAGGACAUCAUGGAUCUAAAACCUUCCGGUGACCUCACCCCGAGCAUGACCCGCUUGAAGGUGAGCAACGCCGCCCGGGCCAAACCAGCGGGGAUGGCUCGCGGCUGGAUGAGGCUGAAAAAUAACAUGGGCCCUCCGGGGUCUCCGCCGGAGGACGGCAGGAAAGAGGGAUGCAACAACGUCAUGAAAGCCGUGUCCAUGGAGCACCUCUCGCCAGAGGUCAAGGUGCAGAUAGAAGGUGUCAUCGAGGUCAGUGGUUCUAGAAAGAGUUCCCUCCGCAAAACAGACUCGUGGGACAGCGGGUUGACCUACAGCGAUCAGAGACUGGAUCAUGUGGGAGACGCACAGAGUCCUUUACCUGCAGGAGAGGGAAUAGAGCAGAGCUUCUUCCCCGGACAUGAGGUUUCCUUCCAGGCUGCGUUACAGGAGGCGAGGACGGAGCUACGAGGGGAGAUCCAGGCCCUCAGUGGAAGGAUGGCCGUGUUGGAGGAUCAGGUGGGGCAGAUCCUGAGACUGCUGUCUGAAAAGAGUGAGCCGCUGGGCCGGACAUCCACUCCUAAAACUCAUCAAGAAAAGGUCAAAGCGCAGAACAUUUUUACCGUUUCCAUUCCCGGCAGCCCGGACUCAGACAAGGAAGAUGGGUCAGUCUGAGUGUAGUUGCACAAACUAGACUUCAGCUGGUAGAAUAUAAACCACACAUUGAGCAGAAACUGCCUGUACACUGAAAAAAUUUACUUAAAAAAAGGUUUUGCAACUUUCUGCAUUUGCUUUUUUUAAGUAAAUUAAUUUCAGAUAAAUUUAAGU